AUGUCUUAUCUGAUAGUGACAGUAUCCAGCCAAAAUGGGUUCCACUUUACGAAAGCCCCUUCGAUGUUUGGAAGAAGUGACGAUGCUGACUGCAAAUUGUGCUACGGACAAGACUGUGUUAUUAUGGAUGAAUCCAGUAAAUGUAACUACUACAGUUUGGCGGCCAAUCUAUUGAAUGAUGAUGGUGAUACAAAUAAUGAUGACAAUCAUAAUCCAACUCUCAGGGAUGCAGUCGAUUCGAUGAUGUUCGAUUUCAUAGAAAAAGAAUCGUCCUCUUCAAUUCACCAAUGUGUACCGUUCAUAUCUCGCUACACUGACUGUCAUAAAGACAAUAUUUGCUUGGGUUGUACCGAAUGCAGUUGUGAUGAAGACGGCAAGUGGGACUGUGGAUCGGUACAGAGAUGUCAAUCUGAUGACAUCAUCAAUAUUGAUCACCGGGUCCUGAUGAUGACUGUAGAGAAUAUAAGAAAAGGCAAUAAAGUAUCAAACAGACUGAUACGCUCAGUAACACAGGCCCAGAGUCAAGAGAUUGUUGAAGGAAACAAUAAACGAAAACUAACAUUUGAAGAAUUAUUAGAUUGGUUCUAUGGGGUGCAACCAUUGCAAGUUAGUAAAGAAACAAAAGAUUCUAAAAAAGAUAUGUGGACGGAAAAUGUAGCAUUACCUAUCAACAAAGAUUUUUCACAAAUUAACUCGAAUUAUGUGGAUUCUAUUGUAACACCCGAUGCAGACUAUCUAGAAUUUGAAGAAGUUUUAAGAAGUAUAAACAAACCUAUAUACAAAUCCCCGCACAUUGGAAAUUCUAUCAGCCACGAAUAUACAAAAGCUAAUGAAGAAAAUCGCACAAACAUUGAAUUACUUAUAAAUGAACCAUAUUUAAAUAUUACAAAUGCAAUCAAAAAUGGUGAAGACAACAAAACAUCGGUAGAAGUAGCAACUGAAAAUGUCAUUGACUUAUUAGCAUCAGUACAAAAAAGAUUACCUGAUAACUUAAUUGACAAACUCAAUAAUUCCAUAAAUGAAAAUUUAACUGAAAUGGGAGAUUUUAAUGUAAUAAAUAUAAUGAAAAGGGACAUACCACAAGCAAAUGUUACAGAGACGACAGUAGAGGAUAAUAAUAAAACAGACAAGAUUCAAGAUCUAAAAGAAAAUGUAUUAUUUCCAUUAAGCAGCAUAGUUAACGAUAAGCAGGAUGAACUUAAAGAAUUAAUACGAAUAAAAGAUAGUCUUCUUCAAUUUAUUAAAGUUUUGGAUAAUGACACUUUAUUGGACUAUAAAGAAAAUAAAACAACUACUAAUAAGACAUACAUGUCAUUUUAUAAAUUUAAUAUAUUUCCACAAUACGAUCUUAGAAGCGAAGAAAAAUAUAUGCAUAAACUUAAACAUGAUAUUUUAGAAGUAAUUAAAGAUAUGAUUACAAUACAAAAAUUACCAAAGUCAUCAAAUCUACCCAAAGACUUAAAAGGUUUGUUCCGUGCAAUGAAAUAUUACAUUCACAAGAACGGAAAAGAACAUAUUGAAAUAAAUAAAAAUGAAACAGAAUUUACAAUUGAUAGAAAUUCCAGAAGACAUUCGCGGAAAUACGGAAUGUCGGGAAAAACAUCAAAGGAUUUUGUUAUUGAAAUGAUUCAGCUUAUUGAUAAUGAGAUGCCAUAUACUGUUGCCUUGGAUACUUUAUCUCAGAAAUCCAGGAAACUAUUAAGUAGAAUUAUAACUCAAUAUAAUUUUGUUGAAUUCGCGUUUACUGGUUUAAGAGUUGAUGAUCCAAUUUACAACCUGACCAACGAUUUACUAAAGGUUGGUACAAAAUACGAAAAUCUGAUAGAAACUAUUGGCAACAGCUCACAAUUCGACCGCAUAUAUAACAUGAAAUUAUUAUAUAUAACUCUAUAUCAGGACGUUAUCAAAAUUAAUGAUGCACUAAAAUUGAUCGACUUUGCUCAAAGCAGACGAAUGAUACCUAGUAAUAUAGAUAUUGCUUAUAAAAUAUUAAUAAGGAUAAAUAAUGAUUUACAUGGUUUAAAAACCAAAGUUAGAAGAAUUAUAAGGAAUCAGAAUACUAUUAAAACGAAUGUCUACAACAGAACUGCAAGUAAAAAGAAAGAAUCAUUUUUGAAGCGAAUAAAAAAGUUAUUUCGAAAUUCAAAGGAUGUAUUAGGUCUCUUACACAAAAAUCGUCCUAAAUCAGAGAUUGUUAGAGAAUUGGCAAAGAAAAAACUAGACGAUUUAAAUAGAAGAACGUUAAAUGAAUAUGAAGACACAACGCUAAGAUGGCCAAAUAGUUUGGAUGCCGAAAGAAAGAGGCGGUCCAUAUUCGAUUUUCAAAAAUUAAAGAACCGUUGUAUGAAUAUACUACCGCAAUAUUUACGGGGCAAAAUUAGUCCAGCCAUAGAUAAAAGAAAAAUUAAAAAGAAAAAUAAUAAUACUCGUCAUAGUAAGUUAGAUAGAAAUAAUACAAACUGA